UUAUCAGUUAUUAGUGAUUUAAUAUAUCAAAGCUCAUUUAUCGCUUUUGUUUCAGUCAGAUGUAUCUGCGUUGUUGAGACAGUUGAUAGUGGCGAGAGGUUUGUUGUAUGAUCGCAUAGGGGAUACCCUGACCCUUGUAUUUUUGCAGGUUUGUUACCUGCAUACAAAAUGGCUUCCAUUUUGGAAUCUUCGCUUGCAGCAAAAGGAUCAGAUACGAUAUGCGACUAUACAUGCUCGGCUUGCCAGUCGCUCGAGGCUCAGUUUCAUUGCAAGGAAUGUUGCAAGGUUUUUUGCGACGGCUGUGUCAAACUGCACAAACAACUUUACAAGACUCAUCCUGUGUUUGGCAGAGGACAAAUGAAUAAAUGGCCGCUUGCCAAGUCAACGAUAGACAGUCUGGAACAGUGUGGAAAGCAUAUCGACGAGAAAAUAAAACUGUUCUGUGAUGACCAUAGUCAACUUUGUUGUCACAUGUGCGUGGCACGUCAGCACAGAUCAUGCAGUAAAGUCAGACUUAUUGAAGAGAUAAACAAAUAUUCAACGGCAGACGCCCAUGAGCUCUCAUCAAACAUUCAGAAAAUACAAGAAGAGUUGAUAAAACUGAAAGAAAAAGCAGAAGGCAAUCUUCUGUCGCUUAAAAUGACGUACAAGCGAAUUAGGGAAGAGAUCGACACAGUGCGGCAGAAAAUCAAUAAUGAAUUAGAUCGGCUAGAGAAAGCAACAAUGCAACAAUUGGACAAAUUAAUUUCUAGCUGUACUAUAAAUAUGUCAAAAGAAAGAGAUACGUGUAACAGCAUUCAAGAAAGUAUGCAAUAUCUCAGUAAAAUGGCAAAUGAAGUUUGCAACAAGAGCAGUAAACUUCUUUUUAUAGCUUUAGAAAAAGGUCAACAGCAGAUAAAGGACUCUGAAUUAUUUCUAAAAGAGUCGAAAGUCACACAUGAAUAUGGUAUGAAAUUUGCGCCCAGUAAAGAGAUUGAAAAGUAUUUAUUCAAAUUGGCAGAUCUUGGGAGAGUUGGCCAGCUUAAUAAUCUUAUUUCGUUGCAGACAAAGUCAGAUUAUUGCAUUAAAAUGUUUCCUGAUGGAUCUACAUGCCGUAUUUAUUCAAUCUGUGAGCUUCCUACUGGCGAGACGGUUGUACUAAACUAUGGAAAUAAUAAGGUGACACUGCUAGAUAAGAAAUACCAGUUAUUGAGCAAUUGCGAAGUGUUAUCCUUUUCAUAUGACAUGUGUCUGAUAUCUUCAAGUGAGGUGGUUGUUACAACGAACGAGAAAUGCAAUGAUAACGGUCUACACGGUCUACAGACGAUAUCUGUCAGGAAUGACAGGCUGCAGAAGGGAUGGAAGCUUCAACUGUCACAUAGGUGUGUUGGCAUUGCCCACCAUGAGGGUGAUCUAUAUGUAACUUCCGGGAAAGCUCUGUAUCGUUACACUCUGACUGGAACACUUGUAAAGAAACUGUACGAGGACACAACGCGGCAAGAUACAGUGUACAAAUGUGCUGUAAACCUCAUGGAUGACAAGAUCUACGUCACCAACAUGGGCAAACACACACUCCUCACACUGACUAUAAAUGGAACAGUUAUCUCCACCUUUUCUGAUAUUGACCUACAGGACCCACGGGGUGUUCAUGUGACACCUAGUGGACAAGUGCUCGUUUGUGGCUAUGCAUCCAACACGAUUAUACAGGUAGACAGCGAGGGAAAGAAGAAACUGGCCACACUGGCUUCACAGACGGAUGGGGUAAAAUGUCCACGUUCAGUCUUCUACAGCUUCAGCACUGAUUCAGUGCUCGUGGGUGUUGACAACAAUGACAUCAUUAUUUUUAAAGUUACAUAAGCUGCGAUAAAAAAAUCACGAAAUAGAACGAUAGAAAGGAUCAUCUUAGGAUUGAUACUAUACUUAUGUUAACGUGGUGAUAUGCAAUUCAGCACAACAUGUAGCACGUUUACAACGUUUUAUUUCGUGAUAUGCUUAAAAUAACAAAUAAACGACUUGUGUAAACAAAUAAAUUGUCAAAUUAA